AUGUCAUGUGUGAGCUCUGAUAGCAUAUUUAUUAUUGUAUAUGGACUACUUUCUGAAAAUGAUAUGAUCGCUAUGCUUAAUAUGCCUCAAGUUCGAGCAAUCUAUCUAUGUUCAGGUGGUGUGCAGAAUCCCAAUUAUCAUGAAGAUCGAAAAAUCAGGGGCGUUUUCAGCGACUCUGAUAUGCUGGCAUAUCAAGUUCGGUGUGAUAUGGCUUCGUUUCAAACGAUUACUGAUGACUUCACAGUUUUUCAACCAAACAAUACAGAUCAAUCAACACGCGAGCUCAGUAAAGAAAAUGCUUGGUUUAUCUCUUUUCAUUAUCUUCUCGAAAUUAUUUUUCGUCUGCCUGAAUCAGAUGAUGAUAAAUCUAAACAAGAAAUAGUAGAUUAUUGUCAAGAACAUUAUGCUAAUAAUGAUACCGAACGUAAAAUUAUCGAUGAAUUCAACCUAGAGUAUGCCGCUGAAAAGGCAUUAUGGUGGUAUACUCGUGAAAGUUUUCUUUAUCGCUUAUUAAACAGAAGUCUUCGCUCGAACGACACGAUGAGAAUUCUUACCUGUCGUGUAAUUAUUAAACAUAUGCACCAGCAAAUCGUUGCCUUACAUCGUCAAUUAGAAUCGCAAAAUGCAGCCGAAAUGGUCGUAUACCGCGGUCAAAUAAUGAGCAUCGCUGAAGUGGAAAAACUGGAAAAUAAAAUAAAUUCAUUGAUUUCUAUAAAUACUUUCUUCUCGACAAGUACCAACCGUCAAGUUGCGUUACAGUACAUGAGUCGUUCAUCACGACCUCAUUUCCAACCAGUUUUAUUUACCAUUCGUUUAACAGCAUCACCCAAAGUUCAACCAUAUGCUUAUCUGUCAUCCGUUAGUGCUUAUUCUCAAGAACACGAAGUUUUACUCUCAGUGGGUAGUGUAUUUAAAAUUGAUGGUGUGGAAAAAAUAGAAGAUAAUAUUUGGAACAUUUAUAUGACUUUGAGCGGAGAACAAGACAAAGAAAUCGAAAAGGCUAUUAGUCAUCUGAAGGCUGGAAUCGGUGAAUCCAGUUCACUUUUGACAUUUGCCGGAUUCUUACUGGAUCGAGGUGAAUACGUUAACGUUGAAAAAAUCUGCACAAUCAUGGACGCUUCUUUACCUAAUAAUGAUCCUGAACUAGCAGUUGUAUACAACAACUGGGGUGGAGUAUAUUUUUGGCUUGGGGACUAUGAAACGGCUUUGCAAUACUACAUUGCGGCUUAUCAUAUUAACGGAUUGCAUCUAAGUACAGCUAGUGCUGACUCCAUUGCGACUACAGACAGCAAUAUUGCCACGAUUUAUUUUAAAAUGCGCGACUUUUCAUCUGCAAUCAGUUAUUUGGAGGAUGCUCUAAGAUUUCGUUUGGAAUCUGAGAAAAUCGAUUAUGCUCAUGUAGUCAAGCUCUACAGUCAAAUGGCUCUUACUUAUUCGGAGUUAGGUGAUCAGGAGCAAGCAGAUGAUAACAUUCAAAAAGCAAGUGACAUGGCUGAAACAAAGGAUCUGCCGAAAAAACAUUCCUCAUAUGGAUGGCUCAAAAUGAGUCAAGCAAUAUUGUUUUUAAAAGCAUCACUUAAUGAUAACUACUUCACCCUGUUCAAGGAAGCAUUGCAAGCAUUCCAUGAUUCUUUGCCAGUUCAUCAUCCUGACUUAAUUACUGUAUGUCUUGCUAUCGGAGAUUAUUACCAGCAAAGUGGUCAGUAUCAACUGGCUUCAGAACACUACACAAAGGCACUAGAUAUUUGUUACAAAGCUUUACCAAAUAACCAUCCUGACAUCGAAAAGUGUCAAAGGAAGAUCAAAUUAGUAUCCAAGAAAUAA